GGGGGUCGCCUUUAUAGUCCAUCGUGCGGGCGGCCAGUCGUUCAUCCGACGUCAUGAACAUACGCGCACGUUUUUCUGCUCGCCAAAUCUCCGGUACCGCCGCCGUUUCGUUCACGAUCAGUAGUUAUUAGCCGCCCACAACGUCAUUGAAUACUCAUCAGUACUGUCGUGAACGUUUUUCGGUUAUAAUUUUUUUUUUUUCUAUUCCAUCCGUUCUAGUGUUUUAGUGCGUCAUAAUAUUAUAGGUACUUACUCAUCGCACGAAGAUUUUCCGCAUGCUGUAACGUCGCACAAAGUUUAUAUAAUUCCCUGUAUAACAUACAGGUACAUAAUAUUAUUAUUAUUAUUAUUAUCAUCAUUGUUGUUUGCAACGAACCGUAGGGCAAGUCGUUCGAAUAAAAAAAUUAUUGAAAUUUUAGAUAGCUAUUAAUAACGUGUUAUUAGUACGUUUUCUACAGUAGACGCGAACGACGAUCAGGUUUAACGUAUGUACGUGCUGUACCUAUACUUCAUAAUGACUCUUAUCCACACGAUUUGUUUUGUAUAAAAACCACGUCUAACUUUUUAAAAAAAUGUAUCAAUACCGUAGUGUUACUCUUAUAUCAUUACCGCGCAAAGAAUGUUAAUUAAUACAUUAUAAUAUAUUUUAUAAUAUUGACACCACGUUAUACUUUAUAACAUCUUUAAAAUUAAUCAAAAGCUUAAUACAAUCAAUUAUAUUUAAAAUAGGUACUCAGAUUUUUUUCUUAUAUGAUAAAAAACUAAACUAAUAAUUGUACAGGUUCUUUAAGAGGACGUUAUACCCGUAUAUACUGUCUCAGUCCUACUACCUGGUAACAUGCAAAUACAAUUAUUACGCAGAAUAAAUUAAACUAGUUUAAUUUUGAUUUUAGAGUAAAAGUAUACCCUUUAUUAAAUUUAUAAAGAACAAUAUUAUGGAGGGAAUUUCUUGGGGUUUUAUAUUAUUCAAAAUAAAAGAUACAAAAACCUAUUUUGUUUUAUGUUUUUAAAUAAAUGUAACUCUUUAACAGUUCAUAUUACAAAAAUCACCUAUAAAAUUCCAUUCAAAAUAUUGUUUUUUAUAAAUUUCAUGGUAGAUACUUCUACUCUAAAAUCAAAAUUAAGCUAGUAUUACUUAUUCUGCGUAAACAUUGUUUUUGCAUGUUACCCAGUAGUUGGACUGAGACAGUAGAUGCUGGUAGGUAUAACGUCAUUUUAAAAAGUCUUACCUAGGUCACUGUUCUGUUGUUUUAUGUAUUACCAAAAAUUAUUUUAUCCUUCAAUUUACAUAAAUAUAAUAUUUCUGGUUUUACACCAAACUUAUUUUAAUAGCUUGUGUGCCGUUUCACCACACAAAUUAUUCUCCACUAUUUUCUCUUUACUCAAACUUUAAAGUGAAAUACCUCGUUAAUGAGUAACACAAAAAUGUAAUUAAACUAAAACUACAUCUUUUUAUUGAAUUUUUUAUAUAGGUAGGUAUUUAAAAAUCAAGUGGGUAGUGGAUUCAUUCUAAAAAAAAUGUAGGAUAAAAAAAUAUUUUAAAAUAUAUGGUUUCAAAAAAUAUAUACUAGACAUUUUUUUUAAAAAAAAGUAUGACAUGAACAAUUUGGCUUUAACUUGAAACUUGGAAGCCCUUGUUAAUUAUGUUUUUAGAGAAAAUGAGUUAUUAGUUAAUACCGAGAAGUAUAGUUAAUAGUUGCUAUUCACGUUUUUCAUGUAUAAUAUUCAAAAUAAACGUUCCUAAAUAGUCUGCAUUAAUACCUCCAUUAGCUAAAAAGAUGUCCUAGGAUAAUGGAGAAGAAUGCAGCCACUGUUAUAGAUGAUUUAUGUAUAUAUAUAAGCAACAAUAGACCAUUGCUUACGAAAAAAACGAUUCUGAGUGGAGUUCAGUUGAUAGUGAUGCUUUGUCAACAAUAUAUAUAUAUAUAUAUGUAAUCUUAUAAUAAAAUAAUUAAAUUAGCUUUAUAUAUUUUCUUUAAUAAUAUUUGUUUAAUGUUGUACCGAUUUUCCCAAUUUUCCUACGUUUUUCCCGGUUUUUCACAUUUGCUGGGAAAACUGAAAAAAUCAAAAAACGACCCUUCUAAAAAAACUUCUUAGUGAAAUUUCCUUUUAGAAAAAUUACUAUCAUUAUAAGUUGGAGCAAAAUUGCUGAUAAAAAAAUUGUCCAUAGAAAAAAAAACAUCUUUGUAAAACCAUAAGCUUCUUUGCUCCACUCAGAAUCUAAAAUUUGAUUAGAAGAUCAGUAUUAAAGCAUAAGUGUAUAAAUAAAAUAUUGUAAAGUUUAUGUUUAGGUUGUCCAUCAAAGCUGUCAAUCAUCGUGUUACAUAAUUAUCAUUCGUUUUAAUGAGUAUUGUAUAAACGUUAAAAAAUACUAUGAGUUCUGUAAAGAUAAUCACACAUAAUAAUAAUGGUACAGACGUAACAACGUAUUUAUAUUAACGUUGAAUAAUAAUUUCGAUAUUUACUAUUAUUUAGUCUAAUGAAUAAUCAAAUAAGUGUAUUUACUCAAAUAGUAACGUCAUGUAGUUUUAUUUUUGUUAUUUUGACUUUUAUAUCUAUAAAAAUGUACUAUAUAAUUUUAAAAUAUAGUACGCGUAUUCAAUUGUUAUUGUACAUACAUAAAAAUGUAAUAAUAAUACAGAAAAACCUGUAUUAAAAUUCAAUUUUCUAUUUUGCUGUAUGUAAUGUGUGUAUUGCAUCCACAUCACUUAUACCAUUAUAGUAAUUUAAGUCCAUGUAAAACUAUAAGUACAUAAAUGAAUUCACCUAACUACCUACCGAGUUUACUGAAUACGAUGAUGGAAUGAAUAAUAUAUAUGUAUUUUUUUUAAGUUAAAAUAUAUUUUUCACGUACAUUGUGUACAUAGCAGAGAAACAACUUUUUUUUCAUAAAUACUUAGAUACUAAUAAUGUAUUGUGUAAUUGAUUUCAUUACUUUGAUAUCUAUUUUAUGUUACAUAUAGUUGUUAAAAUUGAAUUACUUUUCUGUCCCACAAAAAUAAUAAUAUGCUUACGUUAGAGUUAUAGUAAUAUGUUAUAUGUGUUCUAAAAAUAGUUAUAUGUGCAUCAUAAUAUUAUAUCAGAAUAAAUUCGUGUAUAGCAGAGGCGACGUUAAGUUUGGGGGGAACACAGGAGCCAUGACUCCCUCUAGACAUUUUAUGUAACUCUACGCGUACUUUUUUUCUAAUUAUUUAUGGGAAUAUAUAAAUAUUAAAAAAUAUCCCCCCUAAAUCUACCUCCUCCCAAAGACAAAGAACUAAAUCGGCCACUGGUGUGUAGAUAGUAGAUAGUUAUAGUUUUAUUCUUUCAUUUUCGUACAUAUUGUGUAAUUGUAAUUAGUAGAUUUCGGGUUAUGUUUUUAGUUUUUACUAAUACAAAUCAUUUAAUUGCAUGCGGACAAUUUUAUUAUUUAGUUUAGCUGCAAAUUGAUUUUCUUACUCAAUUAUUAAUAAACUAUUAUUCGUAUUCGUAUUCGUUAUUAGUUAUUGCAUAUUCUUCCCUUUUAGUACUACAAGCAGUAGGUAUCUCCAAACAUUGAAUUGUUGGGAUAAUUCAUAUUUCGAGUUAUUCGUUUUUCACAAUAAAAUUAUUUUUUUUACAUUAAUAAUUAGUCAUACGCGUCCACAAUUUUUUGAAUUUUGUAUUUUGUACAAAAAAAAAUAAAAUUUACAAAAUGCAGAAUCUCCAUGAAGAUGUUUUUUAAGUUAACUGAUUUAAGUAAAUUUAAAUGUAUAAAUUGUAUAUAUUUAACAUAAAUAGUGUUAUACUAUAUUGUAUUCGUUGUAUUAUUAUUUUGUAUUAAGUUAAAAUUAAACUUAAACCUAUUAAGUACCUAGUUAAAAGUACAAUGCACCUAUUGAAGUAUGAUAAAAAAAAUGUAUAUAACAAUUUUGUAAUUACUAAUAGUAAUAAUUGAUAACAAAAUAUUAGUAGAAUGGUUAACACAUGAUGGUUAUAGUAGUUAGUGCGAAGAAAUCUGAUUAAUCUUGAUAAAUGUCGUAUCUGACAAGUACGACCAUUCAUAAAUAAAAUAUAAAGUGUACAUACUACUAAACCGUUUUAACUAAAAUAACUAGGUAAAUAUGAUUUCUCAAUGAUUAGGUAUACUACAUAAUAAACGUAUUGAGAAAUCAUUUUACCAAGAAAAUAAGCAGUAUCUCCAUUGUAUAUAAUGUUUUAUUCUCUACAACAACAUUUUUUCGAUACAUUUUAAAGGUUUUUCUAGUGUAGUUGCUGGGUUUCAACGAAGCAAAAAACGUAGAAUUAUCCAAUUAUCCCAAAAUUAAAAAAAAAACUCAAUUUUGAAAAUUUGGUAUUUUACUGCUUGUUGCACUAAGAGGGUAUAAUAUUGUAAUACACGAUUGAAAAUAAUACAGGUAUAUAUUACUGUUAUAUAUAUAUUAUAUAUAUAUAUAUUACUAUUACUAUAGCUGUCCCGCGCCCGGCGUUGCCCGUGACAAUUGUUAUUAAUAUUAUUUUACCCAUGUUUAUUUUUUAUUUUGGCCGUGUCAGAAUUGAAUGAAAAUAAAUAGGUGGAAAGUGGCUAGUCCACUUGGCGGACUAAAUAUGUUCUAUUGUGAAAUUUGAAUAUUGUUAAUAAUAAUAAUUUUAAGUUUUUUUUUCCGUGGCAACCCUGAAAUAAACAAAAAUAAAUAAAUAAGCAAUUAGAUAUUAGUACCAAAUACACCUAAAAACCCCUAUUUUACCCUCUCAGGAGCUUAAUUUUCAAAAAUCCUUUCUUAGCAGAUGUCUACGUCAUAAUAACUAUCUGUGUGCCAAAUUUCAGCACGAUUCGUCCAGUUGUUUGGACUAGGCGAUGAUGAAUCAGUCAAUCAGCCAGUCAGGACAUGUUAUUUUAUAUAUAUAUAUAGAUAGAUAGAUAGAUAGAUAACAUUAAAUACUAUCCAAAUAUAUUAUAUAUUGUAUUAUAAUUAAAUACUAAUUAAUGUAUUAUGUACUAAUUAAUUAGUAAGUAUUAAUAAGUAAAUUAUUAUACAUAAGUUGGUCCUUAUACAUAGACCAAAAAAAUUAAUAUUUUUAAUUUCUUAUCCUCACCCCCCAUUUCUUACUUGAUAUAAGAAACUAAUGUGUGUUAAAUUUGGCUAUUAUACUUCACCACAUUCACCUUUUACAAGAUAGUUGAAAAGUUCUCAAAGAGGUAAAUUUCUUGAUUUUUUUCAAUUUAUUUCAAAAUUGAUUGAAUUUAUCACAAAAAUAUAUUGAGUAAAUAUAUAAAUAUCCAUGAAGAAUGUUCUUACAUAGUUUUUUGUAAAUUCAUUAUAUUUCAAGAAAAUUAACAAAUUAUAAAGUAUUUUAUUUAUUUGGCCAAAUUUACCUUUUUUUUUUUUUUUAUAUAGUACUUUCUUUUUAAUAUACUUGAGUAACGGUUGAAAAUACGUUCGAUAUAUAUUAAAUAUAUAUAUAUAAUAAAGUUCGACAUAUAUUUAACCUCCUAUCAAUUUAUCAAACAUUUCUGUUAAGUCUAACAAUUUAUUUUAUCUACAGAGUACCUAUCGAAUAAAUAUUAAGUAAAAAACUCGCAAAAUUAAAAUGUCUAUAAAUAACUCAAAAAGUGCUCAAAUAAUUUGAAAACUUUACCACGUCUUCAAAAGGCAAAUAUAAGAUUUAAGUUCAGAUUUAAAGUCUCUACGAAUAUUUUAAAUUAAAUUACAAUAAAAAACAAAAUUGAAAAUAAUAAAAGCGUUAUUGUCGUAAAUUUUCCCAUUUUUCCUACGUUUUUCCCGGUUUUUUCUAAUUAUUUUGAAAACCACUCGGAAAAUCUAAAAAUGACCUCCCUAAAGUAAACGCAUCCAAUAUGUACGUAUUAUAUUAGUGAAUAUAAAACAGGAAAAUUUCCUUUAAGAAAAAGUGCUACACUUGAAAAUCGAAGCAAGAUUUCUGGUAGAAUUUUUGUACACAGUAAAAAUAUAUUUUUUAAUUUGGAUUGUCUAAUAUUAUACAAUCUGUAUAUAAUAAUCUAAUAUUAGGUAUGCACUUGCAAUAAAAUAAUUGAGUAUGUAACCGUUAUCUAAGGAAAGAAAUAAUAAUAAAAAAUUAAUGAAUAACAAUAAUUAUAACAAUCUCAAAGCCUGAACGAAAAUAAACUGUCAUUCUUUUAAUGCUUUAAAAUAUUAAAGUACCUUAAUUUUUUUUCGCCUUUAUCCCACACAUAACACGUUUGUGUACAUAAAUGAACACGAUGAUCUUGAAAAUUGAUCAAAGCUGGGCAAGUUAAUAAUAUUUUUUUACUCAGUUAAGCUAAAAAAAUUUUUCAAUUAAAUUGACAAUUAAGUUGAAAUUUACCAUUAACUUUACUUAACUUCAACAAAUAAGUCAAUUUAUUUUUAAAAAAAUGCAUUUAUUAGGUAUUAAAAAUUAAAAUACCUAAUGAAAGUAAAUGCAAAUAUGAAAUAUUACCAAUGUAUGUAUUUUAAAAUCUGUCGAGUUGUAGCAUGAAUUAUAGAAUUCAUAAUUCAGACUUAGGGAUUAUUUAAAUUUAAAUUUGAGUGCAAAUGUGGUUACUGUAUUAUUUAAUAUUAAUAAUUUAUUUUUUUACAAAAUAAAUAACUUAAACAAAAAAGUACAAACAACUUGCCUACCUUAGUUCUAAAUUUUAUUCAAAAUAUCUAUUAAAUUUUAACAGAUAAGUAGUAUCCAAUUAAUACCCAAGUAGAUAUUAUGAAUAUAAUUUGAGGGCUUGUAGCUAUUUAUGUCUUUAUUAUUAUGAUAAUUUAGUUCUUAUCUGUAAAUAUAAAAAUUAAACUCUUAAAAUUACUCUUAAAUCCACCAACUUAUAAUAUUUUAAAGGGACAACGGUAAUAAAUAAAAUAUUUUUCUGGAUAAUAUAAAAAUUUAAAAUUCACUUAAUUGGGAAUAACAAAAAAAUAUAAAUUGAUUUCAAGUUAACGUAGAGACACAUAAGUUAAGUCAAUUAAAAUAGCAAACAAGUAAGUUAAGUUAACUUUUAACUUAUGAACUCGUUAAUGCCCAGGCUUGCAAUUUAUACCAAUAAACUGAAGAUUCCUUAGCACAGUGGUUCCCAACCUAUAGGCUGCGGACGCUGGUUGAGGACAUAAGCUAAGAGUCAGAAAAUUUAAAAAAUAUGUAUAUUAUUAUAAACAUCUAUAUUUCGAUUGAGAUUUAAUGAUAAUCCCACAAUAUUAUGGCCAUCAUAAAAUUGUAUUGAUUGUUGUUUUCAUAUACAGUAUUUUUGUCAUUUGUAUCGUAUUUUAUCUGCUCGGCGUGGAGUGUGGAUGUACACGUUGCGAUAUACUUAAUUUCGAUACUGAAUCUCUCGUAAGAUAUAAACAAUGUCGAAAAUCGAAUUGAUUUUAUUUAACUUUAACCACUUGUUCAUAAGUCAAAAACAAUAAUAAACUUCUUUUUUUAUAAAAAAUUAUUUUUUUUAAUUUUCUUGAACGCUGUUUUCCUAAUUAUUGACGUAUGCGCAAUAUGCACAUUAUAAUUUAUAGGUAUAUGAGUAUAAUGUAUAUAAUUGGUCAUACGUACAUAAUAGGUGUCUGUUAAUAUUUUUACCAGUAUAUUAGUUUAGUGGGCCUCAAAGUUUUUUUUUUCAAAAUUGGUAGUCUGCUCAACUAAAAUGGUUGGGAACCACUGUCUUAGUAUUUUCAUAAUAUUAUACUACCUUUGAUUCCUGAGACCUACCCACGAUGUAGUUUUUCCAUUUCCUCCUUGCUUAAUAUAAUUCCACCGUUUUCAUUGGUUAAUUUGUAGGUUUACACUCAAGGUACUAAAUUUCUCAAGUCAGUAUCAGGUUUGGACAAAACAUAGGUUACGUUUUCGACUAUCGUGUUAUUUUUCAUAAAACAUAAGGUGCCCAAAUGAGUUGAGCUAGGAGUCAAGGUAUCCAAACAUGUUACGGCCCACGCAAUUUAGGUUUAUUAUACAUACCUUCAGUUUUACUUCCCAUAUCAUGAUGAUGUGACACCGACUCCCUAUAUCCAUCACCAUGGGUUUCUUUGACUACUACAUGCCUUUAUUAGAUUUUUGUCUAACAAUAUAGUUCUUGUGCAGUACUGUGUAAAUACGAGUAAUAAUAUUAAAACUUAGUAUUUACGUCAUGAAUUUUAACAGGCAAAGUACCUUUACCUACAAUUAUCGUCUGUAUUGUUCAUAAUACAAAUGGUGUGCUUAUAUUAUGCGUCAUACUGUUAUUUGGCCAAAAACUAUGUUAAUAAUAAGGUGGGAUUUUCGUAUUCGUGUAUUAUAGUAGUAAUAUUUGAAAAUAUGUACUUGAGUUUUCAAUAUUGAAAAAAAAAACCUCAUACCUAUAAAGAAUAGAUAAUGAGCACCUAUACAAUUGUGUGAUUUACUGUUUCUGAUGUAGUCGGACGAGACGAAACUCGGAAUGUCGAAAUGUGUAUACGAAUGGACAGUCAUCAUUAGUUACUACUGGUUCUUUGGUCAUGGUUGCAAUAUUGUUGAUUUUCUACCAUUUUUUUUUUUUUGACUUACAGUUAGAAUAUUUAUUAUCUUAUAAUAAUAGUUUAAUGGAAUAUUUUUGUGUUCUACGCUCAGAGAUACGUGUAAAUACACAGCCACCAUGAUUUUUAUUUAAUCCCUCUACUUCUCUCUCAUUUGUUGUGAAAGCUUGUAUAGGUAGAAGUGGCACCCAAACUAUACUUCGAGUACAGCAGUUGAUACACAUUAUAUUUUGGGCGGAUGUUCCCGGAAAUUGUGAUGGGUAAAAAUGUUUUAAGGUUGUUAGUGGUUUUAAAUUUCAAAUUCUACUACACCAUAAAAAUAUAAUUUGGGCACAAUUGGUAGGCAAAGAAAAGGGAUUUAUAAGUGUUACAAAAUGAUAAACGGCAUUGUGGUUCCUAAACUUAUUUUAGCGUUCCGAGAAUUGAUGUUCCAAACUAUGGAGUAUGAGAAUCUAUUUAAUCACAGUCAGACGUGGGGAGCUUAAUUCUCUUUCAACCCUCUUAUUUAAAUCUCUUCUUGUAAGAUACAUUAUAUUUCACAAAACACGUUUCGUUCAUGAAAAAAAUCUGGUUUUCACUACUUUGUUAUAAUGGUUAUAGGUAUAUUAUACUAUAAUACAGUACACAUUAUUAUAUAAUAUACGAGUAUAACAUCAUUAUUCGGGUGUUCAGAACUUUUCAUUGCGUUUACUCGGCGGCGCCGUCGUCGGUGUAUUAUGCAAAUCAAAAAAUCUCUUGAUCUGUUUACCCAUAUUAGAUAAAUCACGCGGAAAUACGGAAAUUCCAGUAUUACGCCUCCCUACACAAUUGUUUCAAUUAUAUCGAAAAUCUGAAAAUUCGAAAAAUCAGAUUCGUACCUUUGGGGUAUUCACGCGCUCCCGCGUUAUCCAUGUUGUACCACAAAUUCGUCACGAAUCAUUGGUUACAACUUGGUAGUGAAUCAUUUUAGUACUGUCACAAACUCAUAGUAACCGGCGGCAACGAAGAAAUUCGUUUAAAACUUGUCCCAAAACGUAUGACUUACCCCCUCAUUCAAUUCAAUUUUCAAAACGUAGAAAUAUUUUGUUAAUGGUUUGUAUAAUAAUAUAAAAUAAAAACUAAAUUGAACAAAAGUAAACAUUUAAAACGAAAUUUUUCCAAUUGAAUUAAUCGUUUGAUAUAAUGACGGUUGAUAUUAUGAUCACGAAAAGAGACAAGAGAUAACACACUGAUUGCCAAAUAGGUUUAAUAAGGACAAAUCAUAAUUCUUGAGGGAAAAUUCACCGUUCAUCACCAUCUACUCGGGAUAGUCACACAAUUUUGUGAUUAUAUUUGUGGUCAAUGAGAAGAAAAAAAUUUCAUUAUUUCGUAACAUGAUUCCAAUUUUUAAGGGAAAUAGUUACCGGUUACUAUCAACGAAUUUGUGGAUACAGGCACGCAGAUAAACACUACUUGACGUCCCGAUGACCGAUAGGUUCCUAUCGCUUACCGUUUUGGUUUUAAGGUUGUGAUACCCGAGACGUAUCGCAUCGCUCUAUGUUUACUUGUUGCAUGUUAUGGUCGUAAUAUUAUUAUUACGCUAGUCUAAUCUUUUUCUGUCUAUCUCGUUUAGUGUACAAGAAAAUCGUACACGAGUUGUAAAUAUUUGUAUAAAUAAAUCCGUACGUGCCAACAAACGAGCGGUGUAUCGUUCAAUCGUUUCGUAUACGAAGGUCUUCGGGAGGCGAUUGGAUUUUUUCCCUUCUAUUAGUCGACAAUCCGCGGGCGGUUUGUCUUUCUACAGAUACCAGUAGAUUAAACGCUGCCGUCGUCGCCAGCCACCUUGAGUACAUUUUUUUUUUAUCAUUUUUACGCGCCUUAUCUCUUAUACCAAGUCAGUAGUUUUUUUUUUCUUUAUGUGACACGACUUUCAAUUGGCUUACGAUAAAAUUAUAACAACAAUAAUAAUAAUAAUAGUACGCAUUAUAACAAUGUAAUAUACGUACUUAUUGUUAAACAUAAUUAUUAUCGGAUGGGUGGCCGUUAUCGAGUGUCCAUUUCAUUAUUACUACUUUACCUUACCUUAUAUUAUUGCGUUAUACACGGAUAUUAUGUGUGUAAACGCAUGCGUAUGCGUGGUGGUAAUAGGUACUGUGUGCGCGGUAAUAUCGUAUGCGCGGUAAGCGGUUACGUACCCGCGUACUCUGAACGAAAAUUGCCUGCAAGUCCGUGACGGACGGACGGACGGACGGAUACGUGUAUGGUACGGGCGGUGGCGGUGUCGGAAUAUUUGCGGGGACACGGCACGCACAUAGACGACUUUCUCGCGUCGGGUGUGAUAUAAUAACAUUGUAGCGCGCCACAGUAUUGCGGUCAAGGUCAUCGUCGUUGUCGUCACUGUCCGUCGUUUGCCGCCGUCGAAUUUGGCGCGCGAGUUUCUUCUGUACGCCCGAGCACCACGCAAUUAUAGGUUAGGUUAGGUUAACGCGAUUCGCGCGUUUUAUUCCGUUGUAAUGCCGCCAUUACCUACUUAUUUCGUUAUUGCCGCAAUAAUAAUAUUAGUCUUGAUUUUUUUUUUUUUUUGGUACACACUAUAAACAUUGUUACUAGGUUGCACUUCUAACUGCUAAACUACAUUCAUUACCUAUUAAUCUAAUCAAAGCAUGUUUGGAAAUAAAACAACUAACAAGUUAUAUUAUAGAAUUAUUAUAUCCAAUGCCGUGACCAGGAUUAUGCAACGGGAGGCAUUUAAAGUAUGGAUUAUACUAUUAGCUAUUUAGAGUUUUAGAUUCUGAGUGGAGCGAUAAAACCAAUACAUUCCUCGGAAUGUAAUGAUUUAAUGUAAUGAUGUUAAUUUUUUCUUUCUUUUCUGUGGACACCUUUUCUACCAGCAAUUUUGCAAUGAUAACACUUUUUCUAAAAGUAAAUCUGACUGUGAUUGUACUUUAUGAAGGUCAUUUUUUGAUUUUCUCAGAAGUUUUCCCAAUAAAUUGCCAAAACCAAAAAAAAAAACAGGAAUAUGGGAAAAUAGGUACAAUAUUAAACAAAUAGUAUUAAAGAAAAUAUAUUGGUAAUGCAUAUUUUGUAAUUAUUUUGCAAUAAUAUGAUAUAUAUAUUGUUGACAAAGCAACACUAUCAAUCGAACUCCACUCAGAAUCGUUUGUUCAUUAGCCAUGGUUUAUCAUUCCUUACAAAUUUCCUCUCUACCUUUCCAACCUAUAACUUGGCUGCACCCAUUCCCAUUAUCUUAGGACAGCUUUUUUUUUUUUAUGUGUUUUGCUCAAUGCUUAAGUAUACUCUCAUUAAGACAUUCAAGAAUUAAGUUUAGUGGUGUAAAUACAAAAAAAAAAUUAAUCAAUUGAUAGGUAUGCAUAUACUACAAUAUGAAAGUCUUAAAAUAUUUUACUGUUAAUUUACAACAGACGUAUUUUUAUUGUUUCACUGCUAAUUGAUUCAAAACAUUUGCCAGCUAUAUUAUUAUUUCCCAGAAAACAGUUACAUUUAUGAAUAUAAGCACACGAAUGUAUCAAAUAUUGUGAUUAAUAUAGUAAUCAGUCAUUACUUCUUAGAAUAGUCAUAAACCACAAUCACAAAUUGUGGUGUAAACCACAAUCCACGGUUUGUUAAAAUAUCAUGAUAAAUGAUAAUAAUAAUUAUAAUAUAAUAAUAAUAAUCUACGAGGUUUGGCUAUUAAAUAACGAGACUGCGCGCGCAAAGAAUAUCCCAAAAAGGUUGGGGAAAAUCGAAUACAGCGCUGGUUAAACCUAACCUAACCUAACCCUCCAGAGGAUGAACCAACAUUACUAUUUGACAGUUUUGGCAAAUUGCACGAAUGAGUUCGUAAGAAACGGUCGAUAUUGUGGAAAAACAAGUCGUAGAUCUUAAGGCACUCCAGUACUCGAACACGUGUCUUACUCACCCGACUUGGCACCCUGCGACUUUUACUUGUUUCCAAAGAUAAAGUGUGCCUUAAAAGGAAUCCGGUUUGAGUCGAUGGAAAAGGUGAAACAAAAAUCGGUGGAACUCUUGAAUGGUCUUACGAAAACAGACUUUCAGCACUGCCUCGAGCAAUGGAAGAAACGAAUGAAACGGUGUGUGAAGAGGGGAGGAGAGUAUAUUGAAGAGGAACAUUUGGUUGUGGAAUAAUUUUUAAAAUAAAACCAUUUUUCAUAAGUAGUCUCGUUAUUUAAUAGCCAGACCUCGUAUAUUCAAUUUGGUCGCCGGACGAGUUGUAGAAGUGUUUUGUUCAACUAAUUUACUAAUGAUAACGUGCUCAUGAUAAAUAUAAAGGAUAAUUUACUUCAUCCAUUUAUACGCAUUUUCUAUUAGCAUGGUUUUAGAUUAUUAAUCUAAUAAUAGUAUGACAAAAAAUAUCAUAUUUUUUACAGUAGAGUUUUAAAAUAUCUGAAAAAAAACUACAGGGGGGGGGGGAGUUAAAUACCUAAAACCCCUCUUGGCUUCGCCACUGAUUAUAUCGUGUUAAUGUUAAUUUUAUUUCGAAUUUCAUAUUGAGCGGGUGCUUCAUAAUUUUAAAAGCUCUGGUACCCCGGAACAAAUGCCCCCCUUAACACAGCCCUGCAAAUAAUAUUGUAUUUCAUAUUUAAAAAAUUUACAUUUUCAAAAAAUAAUAAUCACUUGUUUUGCAAACAGUAUUUUAAACUUUUUUUUAAUCUUAAUAAAAAAUAAAUAUUUAACGCAAUAUUUUGGGUGGAAUGCCGCUGCUAUAGGACUGUUGCUACAUUUGUCAUUAUUAUUAAACCUGCUGUUUAUAGAUGCGCCCACGCGAUUCACCGGAAACGACCGAAGUGGUAAAUGACGACUGGUGUUAUACCUAUAGUUUCGUACUAUAAUAAUAGUAAUAAUAAUAAUAAUAAUAAUAAUAAUAAUAAUAAUAAUAAUAUACUCUCUACAGUGCAGUGGCGAAAUUUAUUGACUUAUGUUUUAAAUAUUUUGUUUAAAAAAAAAAUUAAACACGUUUAACAAAAUGUAAAGAAAAGAAUAUUUUUGAGUGCAAUACGUAACGUGCAAUACUUUUUAACAAUUUCAAAAAAUGUCAUUCUAAACGCCACAAUCACCCGUUAAUUUAACAGAUAUAAUAACAUAUGUAGGCUUCACAUUUUUUAAAUAUUUUUCGAAUGUAAUGCUCAGUAAAUAUAUUGAGAAUAUUGAUUGUAUUAAAGGUUAACUCAGUGGCGUAUACCCAGGGAAGAAAAAAGUGCUUCAGUUUUUCCUAUUAGCUGUUUUAAAAUAUAAAUUAAAAAUAAAAUAUCUAUUUAGACAUUUUUCUACUAACUCAACUGAAUACAACUUGUUUUAAGGGAGAGAAGUGAUAACAAUUUAGACGAUGAAUGCUAUCUAAGUCAAGUUCAUCAAUAUUAUAGAAGUUGUGUGCUUCUUUGUUACUAGGGAUCUCCAGAUCCUCAGUUAAAUGGCAGUUACCGAAUCCCGUCCUGAGCUGGUAAAAUAGUUCGAAUUCAUUCCCGGGGUUGGAAUACGUCUGAAAUCCAUCUCUCAGUUUUUUUUUAGUAUCUAUAUUAACUAGUAACAUUUCCCUUCAUGUUUAGAAUUGGCAGCUCUGUUGGCAUGUUUAAAAAUGGUUAUUUUUUCUUCACAAGUUAUUUGUUUUUUAGUUAUUUGUAACGUCUUAGACGUAAAAUCCGUAAACGAAAUAACAAUAAUUAUUUACAAAAACUAAUUUUGUGAGUUUAUAUUAUUUCUAUUAUUAUAACUGUAGUAUAAUAUAAAAAGUCGUAGACAUUCUAUCAUAUUUAAAAAAAUGUAUCCGAGUCUCGUCGCACCGCACUCAAAAAUCGCGUUCUGUCUGUUCUUACUAUAGUUGUUAUAAUACUAGUUACAACAAGGGUGAAAUUCAAACGUAGCUGGUUGACCCAUGGGACGGAAUUAAGACAUUCGGUUUAGCGCUGCCAAGAAAUUCGGGACGAAAUUCGGUACCAACCUUGUAAAUUUGCAACUAACACUGCCUUAAGAAAAAGGCUAAUGUAUAUUAUACGUAAAUAUAUUAUUUUAAAUAAUUUGUAUUUACUUUUUUAGCCCCUCACGCCCCCCACUAAUAUCCUAGGUAUAUUACUAGAUAAACAUAAAAGAAGGUACCUACAUUUACAAAUAAGAACUGACACUGGGGACGGGUGCGAUCACUGUUGUAGGUGGGUAGUUGGGAAGGUGAAACACAUAAAAUUAUUUAAUUUAUACCUGUAAACAGCGAUACAAUAAAUGAUUCUGAGCAAAGAAAAAAUGUAAAAUAAAAAGAAUAAUAAUAUAUAUAUAGAUAUUAUUAUUAUGAUAUUAGAUGUACAAUUAAUUUUUUUUCAAAUUACAGCACAACGAUUUCUUUAUUUUAAAUUUGUAUGGCUUAUGUUUUCUACCAUAAAUAUUUCUCCAACAGAUAAACGAUAUGAGAUCUUUUUUGUUGAAUUUUUAUCUAGUUCUUGAGUAAGAUAUUCGUUUUUUGAUUUUCUCAAAAGUUUUAUUAAAAUAAGAAAAAAAACGUAAAAUUAAAUUUGACAAAUUUAUGGCGUUAGGAUUUCAUUGUUUUAAAUAUUUACAGCUUAUGUUUUCCACCAUAAAUAUUGCUCCAAUUAAAUAAUAUCAAGAGAUUUUUUUUGUUAAAUUUUUGGAUAAAUUAGAUUUAUUUCACAUAAUUUUUUAUUCAAACAAUUUUCAUACUUUUUUUUACUAUACAUUUACAUAUCUAAUCAACCUCCUGUUAAAUUUUCAAGCAUUUCUGUUCAAGUAAAAUAGUUAAUUUUACCACAAAGUGCCUGCCAAAUAAAAAUUAUGUACAAAACUCGCAAAAUUAAAAUACCAGCUCAAAAAUGGCUUCAAUUUUUUUGAAAAUUUUACCGCGUCUAGAAAAUGCAAAUAUAAGUUUUCUGUCUAAAUUUCAUGUUUUUACUAAUAUUUUUAGCUAAAUUACAAUAAAUAAUAAAUAUGUAAUAAAAAAUAAUAAAAGCAUUAUUUUCGUACAUUUUCUAAAAAUAUCAAUUAUUUAACCAAUAAUUGAAAAAAAAAUGAUUAUUAUAAUAGGUAUGUACUAUGUGAUGCAAAUUGCACAAUGCACAUUGGCAAUGUUUGUGUUACCGUACACGUGUUGUCGACGAUUUCGUUGUAGUGAUUAUAUUACAACCCCCUUCCCACGUAUUAUUAUGUUCAUGCUAAUGCGACUGAUGUUUCACGUGCUACUCUCUUCAUUUUUAAAACAAAAAUACGUCAGCUUAUGAUUAUAGGUGCGCCGCAUUAUUACAACAUAUGAUUUCGAACGCCAGCGUUCAUGCGGUAAGUCAUAUGGCCGUACGUUAUUCACUAUUCAGUACCAAUCAUCCGUACGUACAGUCGUAAGUAGUAUAGAUUCCAAAGACAAACUAAACCUGACUUACAUUUGAAAUGUCCCUUUCGGGGGGGGGGGGGAAGAACAUUAGUUUUUAAUACAUGACUGAAAUAUUAUUGUAUGAGGUCUAGGUUUCACGAUUUGUAGUUUUCGUUGGAUAUUUGAAAACAAAAUUUGAAAGAUUAAAAAUCCGCACAUACUUUCCACCAUAGAUAGUCGGGUAGGCCACUGUUAGAUGGCCUGAUAGAUGGGAAGUUUCCAAGUUGAUAAGGAUAUAUGUUAAUUUUGUUUAUACACUGUAAUCAAUGAUGAAAACUCAGUAAACUAAUGAUGUAAAAUUAUUAGUCGUGUAUUUUUUCUUGUAGCCAAAAUAAUCCAGAAAUCACCAUAAAUAAAACCAAUGUAUCGUCGUUUGUCGUCAGUUUUUUUUCAUCCAAAAAAGUUGUGUAGCUAUUUAAAAAACAUAAACUAAAAUGGCUAAAACUCUUUACAUUUGCUAUUUUUGUUUAAUUUUGCUCUGUUAUUCGUUAAUUAGACUGAGAUAGUAGAUGUGGAUAGAUGGCGUCCUCUCAAGAAAAACUUUCAGAAAUCUUGACAAACUUCUAAACACAUGAAAAAAUCGAAGCAUUUCUACUAACCUAAAAAGUGUAUUACGAAAAAAGUAAAAAAUAUAUCUUUCCAAAAACAACUUUACUGCGCUCAAAAUCUAAACAAUAUUAAUAUUAUUGUUCGUACAAAAUAUUGUUUUUAACAUUUUACGGAGACUUAUUCAUAUGAUGUAUACAUAAUAUUUCAUCCUGUGCAACCAUUUUACGUGUACCUAGAUAAUUAAAUGCUGAAGUCGGUAAUUUAGUUUUAUGUUAUGAAAUAAUUGCGAGAGAAAUGCGAACGAGCAUUGAAAUUUCAAUUUCACUUGAGAUAAUGUUGUUCCACUUCCAUAAUUUAGUGUCGUGUAACCAUGAUGACCGUGAUAGUGUCUAUCUACGAUUGAUCAAAAGCAGUAUACGUAUCAGUGACCAAUAGGAGGUACAGAAAUUUUUCCCCUGUUUAUAAAUAUCCUUGAAAAUAAAAAAAUAUGCUAAUACUAUAUAGUUAUUCACGUCGUUGUAUAUGCUUACAACGUAAACUUGAAGGCACACUCGUUUAAAUCGUAAACAAACAAUUUGUACUUGUUAUGCAAAUGUAUUAAAAUGUAAUAUUGAACCUAACCUAUAGAUACAAACAUACCUACAUAUGUAUAAAAGAAAGCUAUAAUUAUUCUGUACAUACAUACGGUAUAACGUAUUGCAAACAAGAAAAUUAUUUAACGAUCGCUUCAGAAACGUUUUUCUACAAAGUGAACAUAUUUCAUAAUAUAAUUCGUAUUUCGUAUGUAUAACGUAUUUGGGUCAAAUUGACAUGACCAGAUUACACGUAUAAAUUAUAAUAUUGGCAAAGGUACGUUGUAAUCUAUGGUUAUCGAUUUUGAGUGUAAUAAUUUGUUUACUUUAAGGUACAUCUAAAUUUUUAUUGUAUAAACAUAGAUACAAGUGCAUAUGCAGGAUUAUUAUUUUAUUAACUAUUACGAUCCGGUAAUUAUCUAUACGACGUUUUUGAGUAGGUAAAAUAAUUUAAAUUUUUUAAUUGAUUAUCGAUACCUUCCUAAUAUUUUAAUAUUCUUAUUUACAAUAUUUUCAAACUUUUAUCCUUAUUUCGUAGGUUAUCAUAAUCAUUUAUAAACUUUUUAUUUUCAAUUGAAAACCCCAUUCUCAAACUAGAGUCUAAAAGAGAAUAUUCAAAAACAAAUUGGAUAUACAUAAACACGUCUUAUAUUUUGUUUACCAUUUAUGAGUUAUAAUACUUCGGUCUAAAUUGUAAACUGUUAUAACUAUAUAUUCUUUAUUAGUGUUGUGCAUAUCAAAGUUUUUAAGAAAAACAGUCAUAUUUCGAAUCUAUGAGGUAGGUUAUCAUUAGAAAAUCGUAAUUCAAUACUCAGUGUAAGGAGAAGAGGGGUAAACAUUUUAAAAUAAUGUUAAAAUAAGAUUUAAACGGUUCCAUAAUGAGUGAAAAUAAAACUUAAAUCAAAUUUAAAUAAAAUCCUCUGAGAAAAUCGCUAAAAAAUGAAGUCAUCGAAUAGGUCAACGUUACUAGUCGGAAAUGGUAAAAUAACGCAGUAAUAUAAUAAUAAGUAAUAACGUUAUACAACAGCAAAACAAAUAAAUUGGACAAUCUAUGGUUAAAUAAAAAGAAAACAACAAAACCGAAAAUUAUAGUAUGGCACCCCGAGAAUACAAUAUUAUAGUUACUCUUUGAUAGUAAUAAUAUUAUUAUCGAUAAAGCUGUUCGUAUGUAUACUCAUAUAUUUUAUACACGACAUACUGCGGUAUAAUAAUUUACUCGUGUAUAAUAAUAUAGUAAGUACUUAUGUAACAAUCGCGUGAAAAUAUUAUAAAACGAUAAUCUCAGAAGUAAAAAUUGCAAUUAUAAUAUUUUGACGCUGUAUAGACAUUGCCGACAGUUUCAUUGUUAAAACGCCGAUGGGAUUUAUUAUGUUUUGAUGACCACAACGCAAUCAUAGUAAAUGAUCACCAUACCCUGACCUGUUACACCGGGUGUUGAGUUUAUAUUGUACGUUUAGAAUCAGUGGUUUCCAAAAUGUCUUCACUUACCACAUACUUUUAAAAAAAUAUAUUAUUUCACUCGAUUUUAAAUUUAAACGUACCUAGCUUGGUAUUCGUACCUAUCUGUUCGGUUUCUUUUUUACGUAUGUGCACGUAAUAAUAAUGUAACCAAUAGCGCAACUAAACACUUGGAAACCCUUAAGUUAACAACAAAUUCAUACCUUCUCUAAACAAUUUUUACAGUUCAAGUGAGGUUGCCUUCUCUCUUCUUUAAAUGUAUUUUUAAAGUUGUACAUAUCGUAAAAUUUAAAAAAAAACAUGAUCAAAUCACUUUUAAUUACUUGGACUCCAAAUUCUUUUUUUUGUUUGUUAGAUAAUUCGUUAGUUACGUAACUGAAAUACGGAAUGUGACUUUAGUCCUUAAUUGAACGAAUAAAAAUAAUAUUAUCCGACAAUAUUCAAAUAUUUAUGUCCGUAAAACGAAUGUCUUUAACGACAAAAUUAUAUACAUUUAAUGUUAUUUUACAUUAAAAAUAUCAAUUUUCAAAGUAUUAUGUAUAAUAUAAUAACUAUCAAUGAUUUUUAUUAAAAAAUAAUAAUUGUAGGUACCUAUCUACUAAAAUAUUUUUUUUGAACGUUGGGGUCCGAUAUAUCUGGCAUACCUACUUAAUGAUGUACAUUUUCAAUCGAGACCCUGCAAGAUCAUUAUACAAUAUCUGGAAAUGUUUAAUCGUAGGUAUAUUUUACAUAUAUAAUAAGUUUAUUAUAACGAAUUAGGAGAAAGGGGAGCCGGGUAAGUUACCAUUCGAUGGAAUUUGAAUUCACUGAUGUGCGACGAGUGAUUAAAAGUUUUCAAAUGACGAACGUGACUAUUAUAGUCGUCGUCGUGUUAUAUUAUUAUAUAGGUAGGUCCUAUCUCAUAUCUGUUUAAUAUAAUAUAGAAACCUUCGGAUUCCUUUCGGACGACAUACUAUUACAAAUCAUUUUAUUACGAUAUUAUAAUAUAAUGUACUGCAGUAUAGUGUCAGGAGAAAGACCUGCACACGCGGUGCACGGAAUCUCAUCCGAUGUAAGUAUAUGAUAUUGGUAAACACACAGCUGUUCACCUCGUCGUCAUUGAAAAAUGGCUGUGUUACAUAUUUUAUUAUUCUGCCACCGCCGCCGUUACUACUUUGCAUGCUGAAAUAGGUUUUAUGAAAUAGAUGAUUUGAAAUAGGUAUUAUAGAGAUCCGGAGUCGAUAAAAAAUAAACCUACAUGAUUUGUAACGUAAUCAAAACAUAAUAUUCAUUGCUAAACAACUGUGUUAUACGUCAACAAUAUAAUGUUUAGAUUCCUCAUCGUGGAAUACAAAACCCAAUCGUCAACUAGAUGAUUUUUAUUUAAAUUUAAUAUCCACGAUGUAGUCAGUGUCACGCCGAGGAAUAGGAUUUUUAUUGACAGUUAGGUUCCAAGCUAGAUCCAAAAAGAGUCAAUUUUAAAUUCUAAGUAAAGCGAGUUUUCCAAUGAUGUUUAUUUUUUUUUAUGUAAACACUUUUUCAACCAGAAAGCUUACUCCGGUUAUCAAGUAUAGCACUUUUUCUGAAAGGAAAUGUUCUCUGGGUGGUACUUUGAUGAUGUCAUUUUUUGAAAUUCUCAUUGAUAUUUAAUAUAAUGAGAAAAAGCCGGUUCUUUAAGUUAAAAAAGAUUGACAGAUUAAAAAUAAGGUUGAUAAUUGUUGUCAUGAAAACGCACAUUAUUGUUGUAAUCAUUUCACAAUAAUAUGAUAUACAUAUAUUGUUGAAAAAGCAACACUAUCAACUGAACUCCGCUCAGAAUCGUUUUUUCAUUAACAAUGGUGUAUUGUUGCUUACAAGUUAUAGAUUUACAUUAAAUUAUCGUCUCUAUCGUACCUUCCCAACUUCCCACCUACAACUGUAGGUGUAUCACAUAUGAAAUAUGUCCAUUUUUUUUUUUAUAUAAUUAAUCAAGGUUUUUUCCUCGUAACUUGGUUAAAAUAUUUAAUUUUAAGAUAAAAUAACUUAAUAAAUUCUUAUAUUUGUUGUGUUUUUAAGCUAAUAAGAGAAUGGUUUAUAAACCAUAACUCUGUGCAUACCAUAUUACCAUUGAAUAGAUAGUUAAACCACUGUUUAAUUAUUUUGUAUUGAACCAGUGAUUAUACUGAUAUGUCUUAUAACUGUAUGUCUAUAUCUUAUAUUCAAUGAAUUUGAUUUUGAGUUGGUUUACAGUUGUUGUAGUAUAUACCAACAUACCGUUAAUGAGUUGUGCCUAAAUAAUAUUUUUAAAUUUCAUGGAGUAUUAUAAAUGGGUAUAUAUUUUAUAUCUAUGUUUCGAUAACUCUCAUUCCCUAUUCCUCAGACCUAAAUUUUAAAAGCUAUAAAUAUCUUCGUAGAUAUAAAAUCGAUGGUUUAUGAUAAAAAAAUGUAUUAUGACGGAUAUUUAUUAUGAUUUAUAAUACCCACAUGCGCUUAAUAGGUACAUACACUAGUUAAGAUUUAUUACUUUAGGUAAGAAUUCGAUUACUACACCGAACCGGCCGUUCAAUAUGAUUAAAAACUGGUUUGUUUUUAUUUUCAUUGUGAAGUAUUUUUUCACUCGAUAUUCUCGUUACAAUUGUUCAAGUAAGAAAAUAUGUGAAAUUUAUGUAUGUACUCAUACAUAUGAACUAUAUUAACACUCAAUAUAUUAGCUAUAGUAAAAAACUGGUUAGUUUUUGAUUUUCGUAUAAACCGAACUAUUAUUUUUUUAUUCUUUUGACGAAUCAUUUGGAUAACAACCCCCCCCUCCUCCAACAUUAUUUCUGUCUGCGAUACUGAUAAACGAUAAAAUAUACAAUUAUUAUCAUUUAUAAUAAUUAUUGUAUAGAGGAUACUUAUUGUAUAUUAUAUUUAGUUAACAUGCGUUCUACAUUUAUACAGAGUUUACCACGAAGAUAUACCUAUAAUAUAUUAACUUUUUUCGAAUAAAAAAUAAUGAGUUUUGUUGAUUUAAUAGUAUUCUAUACUUUAGGUCACUAUUCUAGUGACCUAAUAGAACCUAAUAGUGACAAAUAGAAAUUUGUUAAAACAUUUAAUUUGUUUUUAAAAAUUCAAUUUCCCAAUCGGACUUAAUUUUUUUUUUUAAGGUCGUAAAACCAUAAUACCUAUAUCAAUGGGUCAUUUUUAUUUUGGCCUAAUCUAACCUAAUCAACCAUAGAUGUUUUUAUAGAUACAGUUUAUGAUGCACCAGAUAUUUCAGUCACUACUUAAAAUUUGUUGGCUUUUUAAUAAUUUAUUAUUAUAUGAAUUUCAUACACAAAUAUAAUUGGUAAUGUGAUAUAACAGUUUUUGUCCGAUUAUAAAAAUAAUAUUACAAUAAUUAUGUUUUUCGAAUGUUUAUUUAGUCCGUAGUCAGUAUCGCAUAACAUUAUGGAGAGUGAUUCAUAGUUGAUUAGAAUUGGAAAUAUGAUACAUUGAAGACACGCGAAAAUAUUUCGUAUGCAUUUUAAAUUCAAAAUAACAGUUUUUAUUUAUAAACAUAAUUUUUGUGCCCAGAAAUAAAAUGAUUAAAAAAAAUCUUUAAAAAAAAGUUCAAACAAUUUAUGAAUGGUCAAAUCCAUUACAAAAUUGUACAAGGGUCUCUAUUUUUUAUAACUUUUCUGAAAAUUAUACUGUUAACUGUAAAAAUACCUGUUACAAGUUAGUUGUAGUUCUAAGCGUUUUUUCUCAAAACUAUCUUUUGUUUAAAGUAUAUCUCGAACCAUAAUGAGUUGAUAUUGGAUUCUUUAAUGUUGUUAUUUGUUGAAUAAAAAAAAACAAAUUCACUUAACACUUAUUGGGUUAUCAAGGAAUUUAAAACAUUAAACAACAAAAACGCCGCUUCUUAUUAUAAUUUAAUAUUUGUUACACAGUUUUUAAAUUUAAUUGACUAAAUUAAUUAAAUUUAAAUUGAAUUGAAUUAAAUUUAAAACAUAAUUAACAAAUAAAUAUUAGUUAUUUUAUAUUUACAUAAAUAAUUAAAUAAUUAAUUAUUAUUAAUUUUAAAUGAAAAUUCAAGUAAGAAAAAUUGAAGUAAAUAAAAUGUUGUCUACACAUUAUAAUAUACAGGAUCUAACCGUGUUAAUAUUCAGAACUAGAACUGUUAAUAUUCAAUUUUUAAAAUUUUUUUUUUCAAUCUACUUUUUAGUAGGAUAUCUAUUAAGAAGAAAAUUAGUACAUAGUAAGUCGGUACUAGAAUUAAAGAAUUUCCUGACUGCUAUUGAUUGUAAAGAAUUUAUUGUAGAUUUAGGUAGUCUCAAAUAUUUAUUUAAACAUAAAUUUCAUAAGUAUAUAUUGAUUGCACAAUAACAAAAAAAACCAUUUUUAUUGAACUUACUUGGUGAUAAAAUAUUAAUGUGUUUUAAACACAUAUUGAACAUACUCCUUAGUUUUUUAAUGUUUAUAUGACGUAUAUAACGAUCCCAUUUUAAGUAUUAAUCUAUUAUAAUAUCAGAUACCUAAUAUAAGCAAGUACCCGUAUAAUUUGUCCUUUGACAUUUAAUAUUGUGUAAUUUUUAUGGGUUCUAGAAUAAUAAGAUUUCUAACUUUUGAUAAGAAAAAAUGUGUAUAACAUGUUUUAUUAAAAUUUAUUUCCGAAGAAUUAUCAUUAAACCAAUUUUUGUAUAUCAGACAUAAUUUAUGUUGUUUAAUACAUUAAAUUAACUUACACCGUUAACUAAAAUCGCCGACAAUACGAAAAAUCGAGCACUCGAAAUUUAAACUGAGUAAGUCAUUUAUACAUAUAAAGAAUAGUAAUGGUCCUUAGAUGAUUCCUCGUGGAACACUAUAAUUCAGGGAUGGAUAAAUCGGUUUACCAGCCGCGAUAACGUUUGGGGAUAAUCGAGGUUCUACGAUACCAGGAGCGUAUAGCCGUAUAAGCACGCCAGGACACCGAGAAUUUCCCGAUGGGCCGCUACUUGUAUUAACGACAAUGGGCCGAUGAAAAAUACUGCUAUUAUAUAAAUUACGUAAAUACAAAUAUUCAAAGUCAAUAAAAAAAAUACAAUAAUACUGUAUUUUAUAUUUAAAUUAUGUUUAAAUCUCAAUAAAUUAUUAUUGUAUUCCCCUGCGAGAUUUUUCGAAAAUUAUUUUUAAAAAAAUCAUGUUAGAUAUACAUUUAUUUUUUUUUUUUUAAAAUGGGGUUACGUAUUUUUGGUUUUACUUAAUUAUUAAAAAUAAACAACAAAGAAAAUCAAAGAACAAUUUUCUUGGUCUUGAACUAGAUUAAAAAUUCAAUUAAAAAUGACUUGUUGUUUUUCUAUUGAAGCCAUAUUUCUGGUAGAAAACAUAAAGUGUACAAAUUUCAAAUAAUGAAAUUAUUAUACAUCAUAAUUAUUUGAAGAAAAAAAAUCGUAUAUUUCUUCUUUUUUUAAAUUUCCCAGUUAUUAUGAAAACUAAAAAAAGAAAAUCAAAAAAUCACCUUACCUUUCUUUCAGAAAAUAUAUAUUUGAUACUCGGAGCAAAAUUUCUGGUAGAAAAGUUAUUUACAGAAAGAAAAAAAACAUCCAUCAUAGAUCUCUCGCUACGCCCCGAAUUUAAAAUUAAUUUUUUAAUGCUAAUCAUCAAAAACAAUUUGGCAAAUUACUUUAAAUGUUAGCUUAAAAUAUGUUUUAUUAAAUUUUUUUUUGGAACAUUUGAGUUCACGUUUAAUAUUUUUAAAGUUUUUUUUUUAUUUACGUAUAAGUAUGUGUAUAUAUGAAAGCAUUCAAAUUUAUAUAUUAUUAAAAGAUCCAUAUCAGAUUUUCUUUUUUAGUUAGAUUAUUACUAGUACCGUAUAAUAUUUACAUAUUUUAUUUUAUUUUUUUGUAAUAUAAUUAAUAUAAAAAUUACGUUUUUAUACACGCAGAAAUAAUUUAAAUCAUUCGUGCAAUAUACGUUUCGUGACUAAAGUGACAUUAAUUUUGGCAAAUUCCAAUAAAAAUAAAAAUAUAAAGACGAAUAUACUUUGUACGAUAAGUGUGCUAUUGUUAUAGUUGAAAAUUUGGAAAGGUAAGGUCUAUAGAGGGGAAUUUAUUUUAUGUCUGUACGCAACAAUAAACCAUUGCUAACGAACAAACGAUUCAGAGCGUAGUUUAUUAUAUACAUCACACGUACAUCUUCCCGUUUUUUCAAAUUUUUAUGAAUACCGUUUGAAAAAUCAAAAAAUGACCUUUUGAAGUAUCACUCAGAUAAAAUUUCGUUUCAGAAAAGGUACUGGACUUGAAAAUUGAGCAAGGUUAUUGAUAGAAAAGUGGUUUAUCACGGAUAAAAAUACAACCAUCAUUGUAUAACCAAUAUAUUCGCUACUCACUGGAUCUAAAAUUAUCUAUUAGGUAUACCCAAUAACAGACUUUUAUUUACUAUAGUAAAUAUAUAGUUUAAAUAAGGAGUUUUAAAUGUAGGGAUAAAAUCAUAAGCGAAUAGAUGAGUUAAGAUUCUAAUUAGAUUUAUCGCUAUAAUAAUUUUCAUUUUUAUUUUUAUUCAAAAUAAAAUAUGUGAUGUGACCUUACCAGUAAAAAUAUAUUUAUUUUCAUACAUUCAUGAGGAGACCAAUGAAAUUUUAAUAGCGAUAGUGAUAUUUAAAUUUAUUAUAUGAGAAUAAAAAUAAAUUAUCUCCCAAGAUUUGUCAGGAUAGAUUACAUUUACUCUGUCUUAUUGAUUAUAGUAUAACUAUAUCUAAUCGGUACGCAGAUAUUUAUACCUAGUAUUUUAGUUCUAUGGUGAACUCAAUUCACGAGUGGCCACCUGUGUAGGAAAUCAAUUAUUAAAUUUAAAGCUGAUCGCUUCACUUGCGAUUUACAUAAUUUAUUUCAUAUCAAGAACUAAUUUGCAUAUAAAACAAUAAUACAUUUUACAAACUUUCAAAAGAACAAUUGAUAUUAAGAAUUUUUAAAAAUUGCUAUUCAAUUAGCGAAUAACCAAUAUUAACUAAACUGUCUCACUCGUCAGUUAUAAUUAAAUCAGUAAAUGCAACUUAAUUAUUAUUAUCAUUAGAAAAAAUUAAUAUUUGUGUCUCAUGUUUGUGCUUGCGUUGUUUUCAUUCUUUAUUUUGUAUGUUUUAAUAAAAAAUUAAUAUAAGAUACGUAUUGUCUAAUCUGAAAUAAAAAUGAAAAAUAACAAUAUUACUUAUUGACUUUACACCUUAUAUUUAUGGUGCUUAACUAUUAUAUUUGUGUUGAUUUAGAUUCAGAGCGUAGCAAUUGCAUGUUUUUCUAUAUAUUUUUUUAUGUGCCCAUGAGUAACUUUUCAAUUAGACAUUUUUUUCCGAUGUAUCUAGUGUAGCAUCUUUUCUGAAAGAAUAUUUUAUCUACUCGGUACUUAAACGAAGUCAUUUUUUAUUAUUCCGGCUUUGCUUUUGAUUUUUAAGUUUUUUGAGAAUUUAUAAUGGAUGAACAAACGCAUUAGUCCGGAAGCGAUCGGCCAAAGUGGAGGGCAACUUCACGCACGUAGUUUUAAAAUGAAAUUUUGACGAAAAUCGUAAAUAUUACGGCCUUUUGAAACAUAACCGAACUUCAUGCCAAAUCACUUUUUAUUAACAAUGACUUAUCGUUCCUUCCAGAUAUAAAUUAAAUAUCUAUGUAUCCUAACUACCUAACUUUACACCUACAACAAAAGUAACAUGUAUCCGUCCCCAGUAUCAACUAUUUUUUUUUAAGAACUCUGUACAACUUGAACCUUGAACAAUGAAUCUGUUGUUGAAUUUCCAUACAUUUCUGUUUAGUCAAACUAUUAUAUCCACAUUACACCUACCAAAUAAAAACUACGUAAAAACACGUAUACAUAAAAUGCCUUAAAAUAGCUCGGAAAUCGCCAACAUUUUUUGAAAAUUUCACUACGUCUAAAAAAGUCAAAUUAAUCAGUUUCUGCGAAACGGAAGCAAGUUCAAAGUUGUCUAAAAUUACUUUUUGGUGGUUUUAGUCUCAUAGAGGGUAUUUACUAGUGGUGAGCCGAUAUGACUUUUUUCCGAUACCCACGAUAUUCAAAUAUUUGAUUCCAAUAUAAAACCGAUAACCGAUCCAAAAAUUUGAAAUCAAAAACUGUGAACCGAUAAUGAGAUUAACCGAUAUUUGCCAAUAUAGUUCAUCUUAAUUUUUUAAACAAUAUAUUAUUAAACAUUCUUCGUUUUACAUUAUUAAUGUAAAACUGUUUACGAAAAUAUCGAAUCCAAUAUCGGUUUUGAAAAAAACCCGAUAUCCGAUAAUCAGAUACAUCCAAUAUCGGCUGAUAUACGAUAUCAAUUUAUGCUGAAACUUAUAACUAGCAUUUACCAUACAAUGUUUUUUGUAAGAAAGUCGUCAUUCCUACAUUUUUAGCCUUAAAAUAAGAAAUCCAAUAUUUUUAUUUUCUGCAACAUACCCGUUCCCAGUAUCAGCUGUUUUUAUAAUUUACUUUAAAAAAAAUUAGUAUAAAUAAAAUAAAAAAAUAUAUAUCUUCGCUUUUUUAUUUGAUUAGAUACACUAUUCAGUGUUUAUACGUUAAAUGAUAAUAUAUCAUAAAAUGUGCGUAUUAAGAUGAAGAAAACAAAAAUCGCAAAAUUUAUUUCUACAACUAUAUUUUUAAUAAAAACCAUUCGAGAUUUUAUUAUUAGUUAGUUAAACAGGGUCGGCUUAAAGGUGGUGUAAGCUGUGUAUUAGACUGAGUUCCGUGCUUUAGGAUUAUUAUAAAGAUUUUAGAGAGGCCCGUGUAUAAUUUUAAAAUUAUUAUUAUUAUUAUUAUACAUAUUUAUUCAAAUAAAAUUGUAUUCAUAUCAAAAUUGGGGGCCUCAUAAUAAUGAUAAAAACUGUGGAUCAGCUAACCCCCAUACCCCCUCCCCCAUCUGGGUUAUAUUCAAAUGCAGUAGAACAGAGUUAUCGUAUAAUAAAAAAAAAUUUCACAUUUUAAGUCUCCCUGCAGUCAGUUUUUUAAACCUGCAUAAUGUCACAAUAAUAAUUUAGUUUCAAUUUAAAUGGCGUUAAAUUUAACAAUACAUUAUUUUUUAUAACAUUUUCCUUGAUCUUUGGUCAUGUAAGCGUACAAUAUUAUAACGUUUGCGUACCCUAACAACUACGCUAUACAAAAAUGAACAUGACCAUGAAAAGGCCAUAAGUACCUAAUAAAAGAACGGGGAAUUUUUGAAUACAAGGAUUCGAGAAUGUGCAUGUUUCCAUGGGCGCAUUUUCGACAAGAGAAUGUGCAAAUUUAAUUUUUCUCGCGGGCACAUAAUUAGAUUCUAUUUAUAAAGUAGUUAUGUAUAAGAUAACGUUUUAAUGAAAUAACAAUUACUUUAAAACUACCAUCUAGCUCAAAAUGGUUAUUUCAAUAUUUUUGUUUAGUUUUCGUUUAUGUUUUACCCGUAUGUUUGCUGUUGGUGAUAGAAUGUGUCUCUAAUCUAUAAUAUGAUAAAUGGGAAUAUUUUACGUAAGUUUAUGAUUAUCAAUUAUUAUAAUUGUUUAAAAUUUUGAAUAUGUAUUACUUGAACGGGCCUACAAAACUACAUAUUUGUUUUAUAAAUAAUAAUUAUGUUUGUGUCUAAAUUUUUUAGUAGACUUAAGAGUGCUCCGAUCUUUCAUUACUUAGAAAUUAAUACAGUUUGUGUUUUACAAAGGAAAUUGUUUAAAUGUUCACGUAACAAAUUUAAUAAUUACGAAAAUAGGUAAAUAUUAUUUAGUAUACUAUCCAAUUGACCUACUCAAAAUCUAAAGAGCGAAGUACCUAUAUAUAUAUAUAUAUACUAUAUAAUAGUUAAAAAAUAUUAUUAUGUCACACUUUGUCUCGGUAUUUUUAAUUUAAAAUUUCGCACGAUUGAACACAUCGAAUAUAGUUCCAAUACCUCGAGUACAGUGUUUAUUGUAUAUCAGCUCACGUCUCGUGUUUCACUAUUAUCGAUAAAAUAAUAUAAAAUUGCGGGUUUUUCAGUCCUAUGUCUUGUACUAUAAAAAAAUAUUUCGUACAAUGGUAAAUGUUUCAUUAUAUUUAUUUGUUGAAUUUACACGGAGUUCAUGCUGAAAUUACACGUCAUUUCUAAUAUGACGUAUAUAAUAUUAUUAUAUAGUUAGUAAUACAAUACACUUGCGCAGUUACGAUGACAAAUUUAAAAUGGUGAUAAUAUUAAUUGUUUACCUGACUAAUCUACAAAGACCUCGAGCGGGACCAUGAAAUGGUCUUUUUCGCUCUUUCUCUCACUCUCGUUAAUCCGUGUAACGCGGAAGACGGCCGUAGUCAUCGCAGUCGACGUUUUUUUGACACGAACCAGCACUGACUUGUAGCUGGCCGCUUUCUUACGGCGCGGCGCAUCGGCGUGUCCCUGAGCUAUACGGCCGAAAAUCGUAUUUUGACUAUAGUAUCGUUGGAAUCAACCGCCGUCAAACCGAAGCCUUGGAACCCACAAAUUACUCUCUUUAUCCGUAUCAACAUCGUUACAGUAUAUUUUUUACUUAAAUCUGUCGAAAGUAUCACAAGUGUUCUGGCCCUCUUUAAAUCUCAGUGGUGCGAGAUGAUCGGGUAUACUGUUUAUAUUAAAGUACAAACUAUUGCUGCAGAUCUAUUGCAAGCUUCCAAUAAUGUUUAAAGUGAAUUUUUAAUUUUCAGACAAUAUCACUCAACAGUAUAAUAGUCACUAUGCAAAUCUUAUUUCUGUUUAACACAGAUUAAAAUUUGUUGCCAAACAUAAUAAUAAUUUUAAAAAAAUCUACAUAUAGAUUUGGUACUUUACGUGGGUUGACGUAAAAUAAGUAUUAAUUAUUUUAUUUUAAAAUGACAACCUUCAUUUUUCGACACAAAUUCGAAAACAGAAUAUUUUUGUUCAAAAUAUUGUUAUUUUUGUACAACAUUAAUAUCGGAAAUCGAUAUAAUCAGAAUCUAUGUUUAAGAACUUUUACAAUUUUUAGAAAAAUAUUUUGUUUCUCAAUCUAAUUUUAAAAUAGUGGGGAAUUGCUAUUUUAAAAGUCAAAUUUUAGAUGUACUUCGUUUUUAUAGUGUACGAAGUAAGAGUAACAUUUUGAAAAUAUCGUAAAUAAGAUCGAUAUUAAUCAAUAUAAUCGAUUAAUAAAUAAAAUAAUAAACUAUUCUGUAAUAAUGUCAGAAAAAAACGAAAAUAAUCAAUUUUACUUAAAAUCUCCGUAUGGAUAAUCGAUGGACCAUGGUAGAAAAUCACAAUGCAUUUUUAAAUAGCUGUACGAUAGUCAUCAGGUAUUGGAUCUUAAUACAAAAUUUAAUAUCAUUAUUACCUAUAUUAUGUGGGUUAUUGUCUCGCGCAAUUAUUGUGUACGCCAAACGAGUUUACAAUGAUCGUAAUGUCCUUGCACUUUCUAUUAUAUUUAUAAAUAUAAUAUCACCGCCACGACAUUUUGCGCGUACAUAAUAUGCAGUUAAAUUAAAUAGUUUAUGACUGGAAACUGCAAGAAACAAUUUUGUUAAAAUAUCGACUACCAGUUUUAUAAUCUUAAGUAUUUUAUGUUUUACAGGAAUCCAAAAUGGGGUUCGGUUCCAAAGACGAGUGGUGUGGAACCAUCGUCAAGUACAGCAUGUUUUUGUCCAAUUUCAUCAUAUUCGUAAGUCACGUGAUUUUUUUUUUCCAAUAUUAUAUUUCUCAACGGAUUUAUUACAAUAUUUAUAUAAGUACGUAUACCUAUAAGUACACAGCGUAAUUACGUUACGGCAAUAUUAUAAUAUUAUACUGUUUUAUAACCGACUAAAAGAAUACCUGGGAUCAACAUUUUUUUUUUCCGCGAGGCUGAGAUAACUCAAAAUUUAACUAUUUUUAAUUCAAUAUUAACUCACGUUUUCGCGAUCAAUUCACAAUCCGUAUUUACAUAAAAAUAUACUUGUUAAAUCAGAACAUUAUUAUGAUAAUUUUGAAAACAUUUUUAAAUCUUCUCAACUAUUAUUAUUUUUUUUUCGAUCAAACAACGGGUUUCUCGUGUGCCGAUAUAUAACUAUUGUAUUAUAUGAUUGUAUCAUGUCAAAGGGCGGUGAUUUCAUUUUUUCUCAUGAUAGUCCGAUAUAAAAGACCUUAUCAAAUUUUGGUAAAAUAAUUAAUUUCCUUAUCGUUUAUAUUAUAUACAUAUAUUACAUUCAGUCUUUAUAUAUACAAAGCUGAAUGAUAGAGCUCGUUCUUAAGCCCUUCCGGCGUUAAACUGCCACGGUGUAAAUAUUUUGCAUUGGGGAACUUGUAGGAAACAUGUUUCGUUUGCAGAUCGGAGGUAUAGUGUUGGUGGCCAUAUCAGUGUAUACCCUGUACGAUAAAUCGUUCAUUAAAGAGUUGCUAGGCACUAACCUGUUCACCGGCGCUGUGUAUAUACUGAUCGUGACAGGCGUCCUGCUGUCGUUCCUGUCGUUUUUAGGAUGUGCAGGUGCCGUCAAGGAAGUUAAAUGCAUGCUGCUCACGGUAAGGCUAAUCUGCAAUCCAUAUAAUAUAGUUUUUCCGACUAUCAGGACUUGUACAAUAUUAUUUAUUAUAUGUAUGUAUAUUAUACAUGAUUGUAACAAAAUCGACAUUUACGAUUUUCCUGAAAAAGACAUUAUAGGUCCUACUAAGUUCUAUACGAUCUAUAGAACAGCCAAAAUUUUAGAUUUUGAGAAAAAUAAAUGAAAUCAAUUGCUAAUAUAAUAAAAUGCAUAAUCGCCUCGACGUUAUUUUUUCUUUAGGUUUUCACACACUUUUAUUUGUUUGUGCUGAAAAUUGUCUAAUAAUUUCAUAUGACAUACCUAUUGAACCUGAAUUGUAGACACAAUAAAGAAAUUGGUAUUUGCAUGUGUGAUUUUUAAUAGUUUCUGUAAACUCACGAAAAAACUACCGAAGCGUAAAUUUAAAUAUUCAAUAUAUUUUAUCGUUUGCUUUAACAAAAUUUUGUUUUCGUAAAAAAAAUCGAUAAUUUACAUAAUGGUGUAAUAAUGGUGUAAUAAUUUAUUCAAACUUUCAGUAACGUGUAUUUUAAAUAUCGAAUUUUCGAAACUUAAAUUCAAUUCUAUUAUUAUUUUAUUUACUUAAUUAAAUGUUUUCACGAAUAUAAAAUUUAUUUUUAACUAUAGAUUAUUAUCUCUUAUUAUUUAUUAUUAUAAAUAUGUGUUGUAUAAUUAAUAUUUACAAAUAAAAUUUAAUUAUAUGAGUUAUUGUUAUUAAUUUUCGCAGUAUUUUAUUAUGUUAUUCAUAAUAUUUAUCGUGAUGCUUGUUGGAGGCAUUCUGUGUUACGUAUUUCGGCAGAGGGUGCAGACGACCAUGCAACAAGAGAUGCUUAGGACCAUUCGGUUCUAUGGUGAUGACCGGUCCAUAACUAGAGCGUGGGACGAUCUUCAGGAAGGGGUAAGACGAGAUCAGAAUAAAUAUUAGCCCCAAAAAAAUUGAAUAUGCAAUUCCGAAUGAAUUUGGUGUUCUAGUAUAAUAUUAUUAUUAUAGAAAUCUAAAUAAAAUAAAAAUCUUAAUUUAAUGUAAAGAGGAAAAUGUUUGAAAUUCUUUAAUUUCUACUUAUAUUUUGGUACUCAUUUUAGAUUUUGGGCGUAAUAGUUAAGGGACCUAUUGGUUUUAAUAUAUUGUGUGUAUUUUGUGUGAUUGUACUUUUAGAUUCUGUUAUUAAAUAAUCGUUAUUUUCGUGAAAACGCACAUUGUUGAAAAAACAAUACUAUGAGGUGAGUUCAAUAAAUACCUAGACAAAAUGUAUUAAAAAUUAUAUUUAAAACUUACAAACUAUUUAAAUGGAUCACCUUUAAAAUAGUGUCAUUUAUCUUCAAUACGAUGCUCUCAAUGGUCUUGCCACUCCAUAGUUAUAGUCUUCAGCUCUUGUGUCGCGUCAUGAAUAGUUUUGUUAACGUCUUCAAAUCUGUGGCCUCUGAGGAUACUUUUUAGUCUCGGAAAUAAAAAAAAAAUCCACAGGGAGUUAAGUCAGGUAAAUAUGGUAGGUGAGGUAUCGCAUAUUUUUAGAUGCCAAAAAAUCACGUAUGUUACGUGCUGAAUGCGCUGGUGCAUUGUCAUGGUGCAAAAACCACGACUUUGAUUUCUAUGCUUCUGGUCUUUUACGGCGUACUUUCUCUCUUAAUCGUUCAGGUACUUGUUUAUAGAAUACUUGAUUUACUGUUUGACCUGUAGGUACAAACUCAUAAUGGAUUAAACCAAAAAAAUUUUAAAAAAUAAUGAGCAUUGCUUUGAUGUUUAACCGGACGACAUUUUUUUGGACGACGUGAAUUUGCGGUCUUCCAUUGCGAUGAUUGAACUUUGGUUUCAGGUUUAUAUCUAUACACCUAUGUUUCAUCACCCGUAAAAAUUGAUUUUACAAAACUUGGAUCAUUAGAAACCACAUUUUUUAGUUCCAAACACACUUCAAUGCGAUGUUCCAUUUGCUCUUCGGUUAACAAUUUUGGUACUAAUUUUACGGACACUCUUUUCAUACCCAAUUCAUCUGAUAAAAUUGAAUGUCAAAUACCAAUUGAUAUGUCAACUUCAUUGAUUACUUCUCUAAAAGUUAAUCUUCGGUCAUUUCUAAUUUUGCUUCGAACAAUAGUAAUGGUAUCAUUUAAUUUUGAUGUUGAUGGACGCCCAGGACGAUGGUCAUCUUCAAUGGAUAUCUGACCUUCAUUAAAACGUUUGAACCAGUCAAAAGUUACACAACGGCUUAGUGAAACAUCUCCAAAAGCCAAUUUAAUCAAUUCAAAAGUUUCCGUGGCAAUUUUACCAAUUUUGAAACAAAAUUUAAUACACUCGCGUUGCUCCGUAAUAUUAUCCAUCCUAAAAUCGCGAUUUUAUACAAAACGACCCACUUUGAACACGCAUUAUCGAUAACUGAUUUGAGAUAAUUAUAAAUAUUAUAUACUGAAAUAAUGGUCAUUAUCUCUAGUUUAUUUUGGUAUAACAAAAUUGUCGAUAACUUAAAAUGAUUAUCUGUAAUAAUUUGAGUCUGGAUAUUUAUUAAACACACCUCGUAUUGACCGAGCUUCACUUAGAUCGUUUUCCUAUAGCAAUAAUUAAUCGUUACGUAUAGAUUUACAAGAAUUUAAAUACGGGGAAUUCAAUUUAAAAUUUCCCUCAUACAUUCUACCUGCCCAACUACUUACCUACAACCUGGCAUGCGAAAUAUGUCGAUUUUUUUAAAAUAAUUUUUGUGUACAAGCAACUUUUCGAACAGCAAACUUACUCCAAGGUAUUGAGUACCUUUUCUGAAAGGAAAUAGCAUUUAGUUAAAGCAUUUUUAUUUUUUUAUUUUUUCCAAAGGAUUUUUAUAAUAAUUGGAAAAUUCCGAACAAAAUUUCAGAAAAUCGGUAAAAAUUUAUGGCGCACCACGACGUUACCUAUUUCAUUCAUUCAAUAAUUUGUAAUUCGUAUGUACUAUGUCUACCAGAAAUAUUGCUUCAAUCAAAAAGUACCAAUUAGUCAUACGGACGGACGGAUACAACAUGGAUAUCUUCUAAACUAAUGUUUUUAAAUCUAAAAAUGAUAUCUUAAUUUGUUUUUUUAAUUUACUAAAAUUCAAAUAUUUUCUAAAAAAAAAAUUUUAAUCCCGCAGUCAGUUAAACAAUUAUCAUUCCUUAUUCUAACAGACCCACAAUAUUGGCGGUGCAUAAUAUAAAUCUUAUAAAGUUUAUUACGAAUAAAAUGAUCUCAUGAGCACUUUAUUGAAAUAUUCGGAAUUUAUACAAAUGUAAAUAAUCAUAUGUCUAUAAUAUAUCAUUGCAAUAAACAAUAAACGUCGCCGUUUUUCCUGUUUUAGUUGCACUGUUGCGGCGUAACCACCUACGACGAUUGGAGACAGCAUAGGAUCGGCGGUAUUAUUCCCAGCAGUUGUUGCCAAGAGAUCAAUGGAAAGGUAAACCGUCCAAAAUAUACUUACCAACGAUUACAUCGUAUACGAAAAAUGCCUUUAAUAACAAUUGUGUCAAAUAAAUAUUAAAAACUUCAAGACGUUUAUAAAAAAAACCUACAUAAGAUAGUUUUAGAAAUUAAUUCCAAUCAAUACCUUAGACCAUAGUUAAAAUAUACCAAUUUAUUUUGCUGGUACCCCCACUGUAAUAUUUUAUAAAACAUACAAACUGAAGAUGGCAGCAUAAAAGGCAUUAUGAUUGGUUCAAAUUUUGUUCUUUACUUCCAAAUUAUCUGUGCAAUAUAUUUUAAAACCAAGAUGAAAAAUGAAAUAGGUAAUGUGUAAAAAAUAAAUACAAAAAUUGAAUCAAAAUUUGUGAGUUGUUUAUAGUUAAAUAAACUGCUGAUUUUAGAUUUAAAUAUGAAUAGUGAAUAAACAUAUUAAAUAAUGAAAAAGCAUAGCUGUAUAGCAGUAGUGGCUUUAGAGGAAGCCCUCUCUUAUCUUAACUUAUCUUUUCGCUUAGUACAUUAGUACGUAUUUUGUUUUCCGAUUAUUAGUCACAAUUUAGAACUCUUGUGUUUCUAUUUCAAAUUCUAAUUUGGUUAGUUUCUUAUAAAAUUUACUGCCGUAUACAGAUUAGUACUUACUUCAAUACUUGUAGCUGUACACCAGUUUACCACAGUAAUUUUACCAACGGACAACUUUGCAUUUUCUGACUAUAAUUUAUAUUAUAUAUUGUGAUGGUUACGUAUUAUUUCAACAAAUUUUUUUUUUUGAUUAAUUUUUUUUUAUUUAAUAUCGCUACCUAUUUUUAAAUCAGAGCUUGAAAUCGAAACAUAAUAGGUAGUUUUUAAAUUUGUUUAUGAUGGUAAAGGGCAAAUGUUCGAAAAUGAUGAUUGAUUUUUCGAACCAAUGUCAGAGUUAUGGGUACGGACUUAUGCAUAUCCAUCGAGACAUUUCUAUAGAUAUAGAAGAAGUAAUAGAUAGAUUUUCAAAAAAAAAAUUCCAAAAAUAGAUUUUAUAUUGUAAUUUUUGUAAUUUAGUAUUUAGUUGUUUGUAGUUUUUUUUUUUUUUUUAUAGAUGUUUAUAGUUUGUUUGUUUAUUUUUUAUUUCACUUUUGUAAUAUUUUGUAUAAUCUGUAGUAUAAUAAUAAUCUUAAUAUUUUUUAAAUUUAAAAAUAUUAUUAAGUUUAAUAGAAAAUAAAGUUUUGUCUGAUAAAUAUAGUUCUAAAAUUUCUAAUAAUUUUUUGUUUGCAAUUUCUUUUUUACAAUUAUUACAGUAAAGUACUUAACUAUGAUACCUCCCAUUAUUUUGAAACAUCUGAAUAUAUUUCGAUAUAACAUAAUUGUGUUAUGUUUAUGCCCCCCUCCCCGAAAUAAAACUCUAGAGCCGCUAAUGAUGUGAUAACACAGCCGUACCUUGCCAUUAUAUAGCGGCCAAUAAAUUUUUGAUUUGAUAACGCCAAAAUGUAUAUGCAAUAACUCGGUAUAUUUCAAACAUACCUUAGACCUGCAAUAUUAGUGUACUUGAACACUUGAGACUAAAAUAGCAUGUCUGUUUUUUGGCUUUUGUGUGGUGACUGGUGAAUAAUUAAUUUAAAUAUAAUACCAAUUUUAAAAUAUACAACAUACCUAAAUUAUGUUGGAUUAUUAUAGUAAUCAUAUAAUAGUGUGCGCCUAUCGCGUUCUAAAUGAGGCAAAUAAAUAUACAUUAAAGUAUGUAAUAUGUACUUAUAUUAAAAAUCAUAUACUGGCUUAAUUAAUCGGACAAUAUAAUUUUAUUAUUCCCAACACACGAUAUACUAAAUUAUAAUGUUAUUGAUGUGUGUAUAAAAAUCUAAGUAAUUAUAUUAUUCAUCGAUACGGGUUUUCAGAAGCAACCAUGUAACUUAAGUUUUCAAGCGAGUCAACAGAUAUACACCACCGGCUGUUUGAACGUGACCACAGCUUUUAUGAAGGACCAUGCGACCACCGUUGGGACCGUCGGAAUAGCCGUGUCACUGUUUCUGGUAUAUAACAUAAUAUAUAAUAAUAGUAAUAAUAUAACUUAAAAUUUUAAUACAAUUUUAAUUCCGUUAAAAAUCAUCAAGCAUAUUUUUUUUAUACCUAAACAGUAUCUACUGUAGCAUAAUAUACAGUAGGUAUUGUAGAAACCUACUUCUAUCACAAUCAGCAUUCUAUUCGAAUAAAUGCAUAAAUAUCAUACUGACAGAAUAUAAAAUAUGACAUAACUUAUAAAACAUUACCAAAAUGCAUAAUAUAAUCGAAUCGUGUCAUUCUACCCACAAGACCUUCAAAACCUUCAUUCUACCAACAAAAUUGUCUAAGAUUAUCAUUGACCCAAGCCUAAAUUAAGAGGGGGCCAGAGGAGGCCAUGGCCUCAGUUCCCUGGAUAUCUUAAUAUUGUAGGCCCCUGAUCUUGGCUGGUAUAAAAACCAAUAUUUUGAAUAUAUUUAUGGACCCUUUGUUUGGUUUCAGGCCCAAAAUCAUCUUAAUCCGAGCUUACGAUUGCCCUAAACACCUAUUGUAAUAUUUCACGUUCUCUUAGGCAAUUCACACAGUACUAGUAAAAUUAAAUGAUUAAAAUAUUAUUAUAAUCAUUUCGAUUAAUUUAAAACACAAAUAGAAUAAAAAUGCAUGUUUUAGUUUCAAUACAGCGUUGGCAUAGAAUCAUAUAAACGUAUCAACCCAUAUGGUUUUUUUAAACACAUGUUAACCAAUUUUAACCUAAUUAUUGUUAUAUUUUUUAAUAAUUUAAUAGAAAUGUAUAUUCAGUUUUAAGAAAAUAUUAUUUUUUGAUUUUACUGAAAAACAAACCUAGGUUUGUUCCAUUUUUAAUUUUGUCGGUGAACAAUAAAAACGUUUUUCGAUUUUUCCUGAAUUAAUUGAGCAAAAACGAAAAAGACAUAGAAAUAAAGGGAAAAUUAACGAAAAUAAUGCUAUUAUUAUUUUCAAUUUUGUUUAUAUGUUGCAAUUCAGUAAACAAUUUCGUAGACUAAAAUAUUGACACAAAACUUAUAUUUCACUUUAUUUUUAAACGUGGUACAUUUUCAAUGCAUUCGUGACCUAUUCGACCUAUUUAUAAAUAUGAUAAUUUUAAGUAUUUUUACGAAGAUAAAUAUAGUAAAUAUAAUUAUCAGAUUAAACAAAAAUGGUUGAUAAUUUAACAGGAUAAAUUUAAUGGUCAAAAAAAAAAAAAGAAAUGUAAUAAAGUAUUAUUUUUUUUUUUUUUUAUAAGAGUUAUUAUCGAAUUUUGACGAAAAUUGUAAAUUGUACGGCUUUUCAAAAACUGUAUAGGUAAAAUUCCCUCUGAAUCGUUUUUCGUUAGCAAUAGUUUAUCGUUGCUUACAGAUAUAAUUUAAAUUUCCUUCUAUAUCCUAUCUUCUCAACUUCUCACCUACGACAGUGACCCAUCAUGCGAAAUACAUCGGUCUUUUUUUUAAAUAUGUUUUUCUCAUCGUUCUCUUUUUGAGCAUGGCACACUAUUUAUAUUUUCAGUAAAUUAAUCAUAAAUUAUAUGUUAAUUUAAUAUAAAAUUUAUAAAUACAAAACUAAUAUGUAUAAUAUAAAAAUAGAGCACACGCUUCACGCGGUCUAAAAGAUCAGAUUUUUUGAAUUUUGUUCAUUGUUUCAAAAAUACGGAAUAUUAACCUAACUCAACCUAGGUACCUUUUAAUUAGGUGAUAAACUAUAAUUAGAUAUAACUUCCAACUGUAUAUGAUCUGAUGUCUGGAAAAUAGAAGAGUUCAAAGCUCAUUACUUAUUAAAAAAACGGUCUAAAAGAUUUUGUGCGUGCUAUAAUGUGACAUUUUUAAACAAUUUAAUUUUAUAAAAAUCCAAUUGUGGCUUAUUUUUAAGCUGUGUUUCAUAAUAAUUUUUGGCUGAUAAAUGUUUAUCAAUCAUUAUUUUAUUUUCAUUGUGUUUGGCGAGAUUAUUGCUAGUUGACACUGGUUCACCAUGCUGUGUGUAACUAUAUUACACGUACGGAUAUGAUCAUAUGUCAUAUCUAAUACAAAUUUUUCCAUAGACGACUACAUCGUUGGUGAUUUUUAUCAUUUAUCAUCAUUAAAUUUCAUUUUUAAUAAUAAAUAAUUUUUAUUUUAAUUCAACGAGUUUAAAUUGAAAUAUUUCAAUACACGGUCGAAAACCGUGUGCGUGGAUUUUCGUGAAUAUUUUUAAUGCAUGUGCUUUAAUGGAUAAUAGCUUAAGUUCUUUUAUUCAAAAUAUUGCGUCGUAAAUCAAAAAAUAACAUCUUUAAAGUACCAUUAAGACAACUUAAGCUUUCAGAAAAAUUGCUACACGUAAAAAUCGGAGCAAGUUUACCAAGAAAAAAUGUGUCCACAGACUAGAACAAAUAAAAAAUAGAUAAAAUGAAAUAAACAUCUUAGUUAAACCAAUUAAACCAAUAGCUUCAUCGCUACGCUCAAAAUCUAAAAGUAUAAUCCAAUAAUAUGUUGUUCAAUGCGUAAUUAUACAUCCACAAGAUAAAAUUAGUUACCUACAUUAAAUUAUAAUUUAUCUAUGACCUAUGUAAUUUUUUUUUUCAGAUUUUUGGAUUGGUUUUUUCAUGUGCGUUGUUCAUGAUGAUCGUUUAGUCUUAUAGUAUUAAUAUAUCAAAUAAAUAGAAUAAAAAAAAAAUGUUACACUACACGUCAUCCAAGAACCUGUGGACCUUUUAAUAUAAUAUUUUUAAAUAGUCAUUUAACAUAGAUGGAGAAAAAAGUGGUAGAAAAUAUUUUUAAUACGAUAAUUAUUAUUUCCAUACAAAAUCGUACAUCGUUAGUUGAAUAAUAUAGAUACUGACAACCAAAUGCUAAAACGUUACAUUUUUUUCCGCAGUUUUCCUAUUGUGGGUAGGUAUAAUAUUUUUUCAUUUAUUUCAAAUAAUAAAACCAAAAUUAUUUUUUUCGGUUUAACUAACCGGUUAAUAUUGGUUUUUUUCUUUUAUGACUUAUACAAAUCGGUUAAUUUUGUUCUUUACAAAUAUAAUUUAAAAGAAAUACUAAUUGGAAAAAUUAGCACUAAAGACACUAUAGAGACAUAUCAAUUCUAUAUAUACUUAAACAUAAACCAUUUUAUAAAUCAAUUAUACUAUAAAUUAUAAUCUUAUUUUAAAAAUAUUCUAAAGGUACUCGUACUUCACUCAAUCGCUAUUACCUAUCAAUUAAUAUUUCUUAGCACAAAAUAAAUUUGUUUCGUCACCCAGAUAAACUCAAUUUUCUUUUCCAUUCAUUUUUAGCUAAUGAAAACUAACGUAUCUUAAAAAGCGAUUAAAUGUACACAAGUUAAUGUAAUAAUUACAUGGUUACACUGUUACACGUUCCCGAGUUUUACAGGUCACACCGUUUUACCAUAUUCGUUACAUCACUCAAGUUAAUUCAUCAGUUAUGUUAACGUUUUUAAAUUUUUCUACAGCAGUCAUCAUUGUUUUCCAAACUGUCAAUCGAGCGAAAAUCAAAAUAAACAAUAACAAUUUAGGUAACUACAUAUAUAGGUACCUAUGUAUCAUAAUAAUAUAUAUUUAAUUUAAUUUAAUUUAUUUUCCACAAUUAGAAUACUGCACCGCACUGAAACUAUUCGUGUAAAGCUCAUACAAUAAUAUAACUAGCUAUACAUCUAUAACCUGUAUUUAAUACAUUUUAAACCAUUAUAAAUCUUUCUAAUUUUUAAAUUUUAAAUUAUAAAUAGCUAAUAACCUAGCUAUAAUAAAAUGUUACCGCGAAACCGAUGGAUUUAUUUUUCAUUUAAACAAAUUAAAACGACACUUUAUACUUAUAACCCUGACGACGAACUUACUUUAUGUUCAUAUUAAUUUCACGUCUUGCCAAUUAUUAUUACCUAUUAUUAUUACCAUUAUCGUUGUAUUAUCACUGUACAGUGUAUAGUGUAAAAUUAUAUAAGUACCUAUAUUAUUAUAUUAUUUACUCAUAUACCUAGUAUAAUAAUUUCCGUCCAUUUCGUUGAACAAUUUUUUACAUUUGUACCAAUUUAAUAACAUUUUUUAAUAAUUUUUUUUAUAGAUAAAGAUAUAAUUUAAUGAUAUUAUAAUAUACAGACAACUAAAAUCGAUACAUACAAAUUACUAAUAUGUUUGAGACGUUUGAAUUAAGAGUUUGUAUACAUUUAUUAGGUACUUAUUAAGUAUUUAAUAAUAUUAUGGAUAAGUAUCUAAGUUUCGUGUCAAAUAAUUAAACUCAAUUCUUUAGUUAAAUUCGUAUGCACUGAAGAUUGAAUUUAAUAUUUACAACCAUCACAUCAAUAAUUAUUAAAAUAAUAUAAUAGGCAAUACGAAUAAUAAUAUUUACGUAAAAUUUCUUCCGUACAAUUACAGAGUAUCAAUAUAGAUACGUCCGACAUCGUACUUUAUGUCUUUAUAAUAUAGAUACAUACCUAUAUAUACCUAUAUGUAUGUAUAAUAAAUGUAAAGUGUAUACAUUAAUAUUUACAUCUAAAUUAAUGUUGCUAUUCAUUAUUGUGCUUUAUUUAUAAGUUACCUAUUUGUAAUAUUUAUU